CGUAACGAAAAAAUGAGCCUGUUUGAGGCUGAUGGGUAUAUCCUUAUACCCGACCCGAAUAACCGGAAGGGACAGGUCAAUAUAUGACCGGUCACUUUUAUCAAUCACCAAAUGAGGUUAACUCUUCAAUUGGGACGGGUCAAAAGUUGACCGGUCACUUCCACUAAAAAAGUGACCGGUCACAUUUUGGGCGAUAGCCAAAAUGUUGCCUCAUGCUACAAAGGACAUUAUAGAAGACCAGAGAGACGGGCUGAGCUCAAGAAAUGACCGGGUAACCUUUGAGAAAAGUCAUCAGAGCGGCGGCAAUCAGGAGUCUGUUCAAUCAAGGCGAUUGACCUCCAUUAAUGGCGGCGAGCGGUGCUUCUUCAUCGAAUGUCGAUUCCUUCAGGAUCUCAGAUUUAUAGGACCAGAUAUAUUCUCUGCAGCAAGGUUCCGGCCUCUCCCCGUCUGUUAUUGCAAUCCAAAGUGCAGUUGUGGAGCUCUGGGGGUGAUACAGAAGCACCGGGAAGAUGACCUCGUCAUCUGUUUGUUAAAAGGCCUGAAUGAGAACUACUCCGGCGUCCGGUUCCAGAUCAUGCUCAUAAACCCUCUUCCCAACUUAGGGAAAGUCAUGGAAAUUUUGCAGGACCGCGAGCGCCAGUUACUGCAAGAAGGCACAUUGUCCACUCCUCAAGAAACUCAAAGGGGCUCGAAUUCGCAAGGGAAAAGGGCAAUGUGUACAUACUGUGGGCUGUUGGGGCAUACCAUUGAGAGAUGCUACAAAAAACACGGAUAUCCGCCGAGGUUUAACCAAUCGAAGCAAGGGGAAAGGUCUCACUAUGAUCAUCUUGAUGCUCGAACAAGUUCAGAAGUGGGUUCUUUUCAAGGGCUCACUCCUUCUUGGAGUAACAUUGAGCACAUGGUGACUGGAGUUCAAGCUGAAUCUACACAGUUACGCUUGGUGUCACAUUGUCAACCUAGGCUAGAUAUGGCAGGUAAGGACUCUCAACACACAUCAUCCCCAUGGCCACACCUUCAGGCAGAGAUUCUGGCUAUGAUUUCAGACCGCCUUGAAGAAGACAUUGGCAACCUUCGCCUCCGCUCUGUUUGUUCAAAUUGGCGCUCCACUGUUCCCCUUCGCAAACCUGAGUUAUGGGCCUCUUUCAAACCCCCCUUCCCUGCUUUCAUCAACCCCAACCGCCCCGGCAACUUCAUUCUUUCCAGCAGCACCAUCUACUUACUCCAAUCAGCUCAACCCACUUCGCCGUGGUGGUUGAUCCGGUUAGAAAGAAAGAGAGGCUUUGGGAAAUUCCGCCCUCUGAGCCCAUUCUCCAGAACUAUGACCGAGGAUCAUACCCCAAAGAGUUUUCCCAGAGGGCUUAACUUGCUGGAUGUUCGGAUACGCGAAAUCGGAAAGGCAUAUAGUUUGGAUUUCUUCGAACAUGGCAAGAAGAUGGAGACAAAUCUUUACGAGAUGAGCCUCAGGAAAGUGGUCAUGUCUUCAGUUCCCUGGACCAGAAACUCUGGUGAAGAAGGGGGUUAUGCUGUUCUCGCGCUUUUCUCUGGAAAGUUGGCGUUUAUAAAACUAGGCGAUGAGAAUUGGAGUCAAAUUGACUGUCUAGGUGGGGCUACUUAUUAUGAUAUUCUCUACAGUAAAAAGAAAGAUGUGUUCUAUGCGCUUGAUACGUUAGGCAGGCUGGUCGUUAUAAUUGACAAGGAUCUCAAGGCAAAGAAGAUUGUCUCUAAAGAGCAUUUUUGCUAUAGUCGCUCAACUCGCAAAGAAAGGUACUUGAUUGAGUCUAAUGGAGACUUGUUCUUGGUCCACAUGCUUCCUGAGCGAGACUAUAGCAUUUUAGAAGUGUUUGAAGUUGAUGUUCUCAAGCUCAACAAAAAGAGGGGAGACUGGGAUUACUAUGUGGAUUCAUUGGGCAGUGAUCAAGUGUUUUUUGUCGGGGAUGAUUGUUCCUAUGCCGUGCCAGCUCAGGAGUUUGGAUUGGAGGGCAACUGCAUUUACAUAGCCGAUGAGCGUUUCAUGUAUGACAACGAACAAGAUGGGAAACACGGAGGCAUAUGCCUCGACGGCGGCGUUUACUGCUUCACCGAUGGGACUUGUGGGCCCUUUGCUUCGUACCCUGACCGUUGCAAGAUUUUCUUGAACUCGCCUGAAUGGCUCAACGGCCCAGAGGCAAAAGCUGGCAACACCAAGGGGAAAAAGCGCAGUUCCAAGAAAUCAAAGUAAGAUUUUCAGCAUUUUCUUUUCAUACUCUUACAAUACCCAUGCAUCUCGAGUCCUGACUGGAUAAAUAGUAGUAUGUUUG